AUGUCGGCCUAUGCAAAUAACCUUGAUGCCAUCAUCAUCGGCGCAGGCCCGGCGGGCAUCGCCAUGGCCUACCGCCUGAAGCAUGAGCUCAACUUUCAUGACUUCUUGAUUUAUGACAAACUCGAUGGUGUUGGCGGCACCUGGAGAGCAAACACAUAUCCAGGAUGUGGAUGUGACCUUCAGUCGCACCUCUACUCCUUCAGCUUCAACCCAAAUCCAAACUGGUCGAAGCAGCUGUGCGAGCAGCCUGAGAUCCUUCAAUACAUGGAGGAUACUGUCGACAAGUUCGACAUCCGCAAGCAUGUCCACCCGUCGGUUGAGUGCAUCGGCGCGAAGUGGCACAAUCAUCUCGGCAAGUGGGAGGUAAACCUCAAGGACCUCAAGUCAGGAAUUGAGUACUCACGCUACGCCACCGUCUUUGUCUCUGCCGUUGGUGCCAUCUCCUUCCCGCGAGACGUCAAGUUCCCGGGUAUGGAGGGUUUCAAGGGCCACAUGUUCCACACCGCCCGGUGGGAUCAUUCUGUCUCAUACGCAAACAAGCGCAUCGCCGUCAUUGGCAACGGCUGCAGCGCGGCUCAGGUGGUUCCGGCCAUGGCUGAAAAGGCAACCUUCGUGAAGCAGUACGCUCGCAGUGGGCAAUGGUUCCACGCCCGGCCGAACCGGUACUACACCGAGCUGGACAAGUUUAUGUUCAAGUGGAUUCCUCUCUGGGAGCGACUUUUACGCCUCAAGAUCUUCCUCGAUGCAGAUGAGGAGACUACGACAUACUUCCCGACCCCGAAGGGCCUCAGGCUGCGCGCCCAGAUGGAGAGCGAGUCAAAGAAGUACAUCCAGUCCAAGACGCCAGAGAAGUACUGGAACCACAUCAUUCCAAAGUUUCCAUUAGGAUGCAAGCGCCGCAUUUUCGACCCCGGCUACCUUGACGCCCUUAAUAGGCCAAAUGUUGAGCUGCUGCCCGAGGGUAUCCAGGAGAUGACAGAGACCGGCAUUGUCAGCGCCUCGGGAAUACGGGAUGACUUCGACAUCAUCGUCCUCGCUACGGGAUUCCAGGUCUCAGAGUUCCUGACGCCAAUGCACAUCAUCGGCGCUGAUGGCCGAGCGCUGCACCAGCAGUGGAGGGAAUGCCGUGGCGCCCAGGCAUAUCUCGGCACCCACGUCCACAACUUCCCCAACCUGGCUAUUCUCUUUGGCCCGAACACCUUUCCCGCCAACAACUCGGCGCUAUUCGCGUGCGAGACGCAGGUCGACUACGCCGUCAAGUCACUCUUCACGCCCCUGCUCGACCACCGGGCGGACAUAAUUGAGGUCAAGCAGACGGCCGAGAACUUCACGACGAAUGCGAUACACAAGGAGCUCUCCAAUACCGUGUUCUCAGGGGACUGCUCGAACUGGUACAUCGGCAAGUUCGGCCGCAACGCUGCCUCCUGGCCCGGCAUGGCGCGGUCGUACUGGGCCGCCACAUACUUCCCCGACUGGUCGGCCUUCAACCUCAUCGGCGGAAGCAAGCUGUGGCCGCUCUACACUGUUCGCCGCUGGUUAGUGAACGCGGGGGUGCUCACCAAGGCGCUGCUUAUCCUCGGUGUCGUGGCGGCAGCGGCACGCUCUGGAGGUCGCAAUGCUAACAUUGCUCGGCUUGAUACCCUGAAAACUAUUGUGACUAGAGCUCUUCGAUGA